AUGGACAGAAUUCCCAAGGAUGCGCCGCUCCAGGCGGUCCAGUUGGAGGCCCUCACCGUUAUGAAAGUGAUCAAACAUUGCGCCGAUAGAUUUCCCACCUUUGCGACUGGCUUCUUGGUGGGCAUGGAUCGCGAAGGCACUAUGGAAGUCACCAAUGCUUUCCCAUUCCCGGUGGUCGACCUGUCUCCCGAAGCGCAGUACGAACAACCUCACUUGAACGCCGCAGCGGCUGCCCCGCGAGCAAAAGCCAACACCGCAUAUCAAGCCGAAUAUUUGAAAGUCCUACGAGAAGUAAACAUCGAUGCUAACAACGUCGGAUGGUACACGAGCUGCAAUUUGGGUAACUUUGUCAACAUGAAUUUCAUCGAGAAUCAGUUCUUCUACCAGAAGGAGAUGAAUGAGCGGGUCAUUGCACUGGUCCACGAUGUGAGCAGAACUUCACAGGGGCUCCUCUCGCUACGCGCUUUCCGUCUGGCUCCUUCUUUCAUGGCGGCCUACAAGGAGCAGAAAUUCACUGCCGACAACCUCCAGAAAUCAGGCCUCAGAUAUUCCGACAUCCUCGUCGAGCUUCCCAUCACCCUGCACAACUCCCACCUGGUCAACACAUUUCUCAAUCAAGUACCUUCAUUACUUUCCAACGGUUCCAUGGCAGCACCAACCUCCCUCUCCGAAGUCGAGUCCAACCCGGCCAUCGCUCAUGACUCGCUCGCCCCAUCAUUCAAUGCACUCACCCUUUCGAACGAUCCGUUCCUGUCUCAAACCGCCGACAAUCUCCUCGACGCUAUCGAGACUCAUCAUGUUGAAUCUAAUAACUUCAGCUACUACAACCGCGCACUGGCGCGCGAGCAAUCUAAAAUCCAGCAAUGGCAGGCGAAGCGGAAAGCAGAGAAUGCGGCACGUGCGCUCAGCAAGCAGGCGCCCUUGCCCGAAGACGAGUGGCAGCGGCUGUUCAAGCUACCGACAGAGCCAAGCCGGUUGGAGAGCAUGCUGAACACGCGGCAAGUCGAGCAGUACGCCAGGCAGGUGGAUGGCUUUGUGGCGGGCGCCACAGGCAAGAUGUUUGCGGUUCGUGGAAACCUGCUACCGGAUGGAGCGCCUAGCGAGGCUUGA